GAACGAGAGGAUUCCUUUUUCUUGUUUAUAAUCUACCGGUGGUGAUCGUCUAAGAAAAAUAUCAAAAUGAGCGACGCUUACGAGCGAGAACAACAAAACAAUGCCCUCCUGAAUUCCCUUUCCAGCAAAGUCUCGGCCUUGAAGUCUGUGACGAUUGACAUCUACGACAAUUCGAACUCGCGUAACGUUGACGAGACGAGCGAGGUGUUUUCGUCACUAGGAACGAAUCUGAAAGGAAGCGCGAACCGGUUAACGCGGAUGGCGAGACAGGGCGAUACCGUUGCGGUGUUGAAGGUUGCGGGGAUUGUGGUGGGCGUUGGGGUUGGGGGAUGGCUUGUUCUGGGGUGGAUUUUCUAG